UUUGUUUCAUUUGUUCAGUUUCCUGUUAUCAAGUAUCAAUUUCAAUUUAUCGUCGUCUGCUAUCUGAAGAAAAUAAAAAUAAAAUGAUUUUGCUAAAAAAAUGAUGAAUCAAUACUUCAUGAAAAUUUAGUUAUUUGGAAUUACUGUGUACUCCAGUUAUUUGAAGCAUCCUAGCUUUUAAUUUAAUAAUCACAGUAUUUAGGCUUACUGCAGAUGUCCAAGCAAAUUCAUGUUGUCGGAUAUCUUAUCUUUUCACUUGAGAUUUUAAAAACAACUCCUAAUGUUCUACUAACUUUAUGUCAUUACUCAAUAUGUCAUUUAUCAAAUAUUUUCUAAAAAACAAUAACUAUUCAAAACUUGCUAGAUUAGCUUUUGAAUAUUCCGCCCAAUUUACCGGCUUGCAUCGGCAAAGUUUAUUGCCAUUACAAGAAUCAAGAAGAAGCAUGGCGGACGAAGUUGAUAAAUCACAAGCUGCAGCUCCAGGAGGAGAUACAAUAUUUGGUAAAAUACUGCGUAAAGAAAUACCUUGCUCAUUUAUCUACGAAGAUGAUAAGUGCGUUGCAUUCAAUGAUGUGAGCCCUCAAGCACCUGUACAUUUCUUGGUGAUUCCUCGCAAGCCAAUUGAUAUGUUGGCCAGUGCUACUGAAGAGGAUUCGGCACUGUUGGGGCACUUAUUGUUCACUGCGAACAAAGUUGCGGCAAAGGUUGGAUUAGCCGACGGUUACAGAGUUGUCAUAAAUAAUGGUAAAGAUGGAGCUCAGUCGGUUUAUCAUUUGCAUAUUCAUGUGUUGGGUGGAAGGCAAAUGCAAUGGCCUCCUGGUUAAUAUAUAUAAUAUUUGAAAACAAUCGAUUGAAUCAAUAGAAAUAAUUGUAAAUCGCAAUAAAUUACAUAAUCAAAAUGACGUUGACUAUCACAGUUACGGAUGUACUAUUCAAAAAUAUUUUAAUAAACUUGUCACAAACAAU